UGAAGAAGGAAUACGACAAUACAGCAAGGAGGCCCUAAACAAGGAGUUUCCUGAGAAAACUCGUCCAAUUGGCUUCAAACAUCCAACCUUCCAGUGUCCGGAUAUGAGCCCUUCGGCUACAGCACCCUCCUCAGUGGAGCUGGUGAAGGCGGCCGACAUCAAAGUCAUCGCCGCCCUGGGAGAUUCUCUAACAACAGCCAUCGGCGCCAACGCCACGACCGUCCUCGGGAUACCCAUCGAGUUUCGCCACGUUUCCUGGAGCAUCGGAGGUUACGGCUCGUUUGAGGAUGUCAUCACUUUGCCCAACAUCAUCAAGCUCUUCAAUCCCAGCCUGCUGGGCGCUGCUCGGGGGAAGACGGUCCACGGCAUGGAGGCCCACAUCAGCCAGACAGGCCUCAAUUUGGCUGUGACAGGACACAACACUUUCAAUCUCCCCAGCCAGACGAGACAUUUGAUUGACACGCUCAGAGGUUACGAGGGGUUGAACUUCGAGAAGGACUGGAAGCUUCUGACCAUCCUUAUGGGCAUGAACGACAUCUGUGACUAUUGCAAAGACAAAGCUCUCUUCUCAGCGGAGAACUUCCUUCACUACAUGAGCGUGUCGUUGGAGAUGCUUAUGAAUGAGGUUCCCCGAAUGAUCGUGAACGUGGUGCAGAUUCUUCCCAUGCAGACUCUCAGAGAGGUGCACAAGCCCACACCAGGCUGUCUGUUGCAAAGAUCUUUCUGCUCUUGUCUCAUCGAGCCAGCGAGUCGUUCUGCUGAGCUCGGGGAGCUAGUGGAGGUCAAUCUGGAGUUCCAGAGGAGAUUGGAGGCGUUGCUUCAUGGUAACCACUUCUUCAGGGAGGACUUUGCUGUGGUCCUGCAGCCCUUCUUGAAACACGCCGACCCUCCUCGCCUCCCGAGCGGCAAGAUCGACAUGAGCUUCUUCACACACGACUGCUUUCAUUUCACCAUUAAAGGCCAUGAAGAACUGGCCAAAGGACUGUGGAACAACAUGUUUCAGGCUGAGGGAGACAAGACGGUUGUUAGCAGUUUUUCUGACCCCAUCAACCUCGUCUGUCCACCCAUGGAACAUCCGUACAUCUUCACCCGAUCGACCUCUGCCAGGUCAGCCCAGCCCGGACUUCACCGCAGGCUUCAGGUUCUUUCGCUGGCGGUCAUCUCCUCGCUGCUCUGGCUUCUUGUGGCGUUUAGGCGUCAUGUUUUUUUGUAACUUUGCACAGCAGGUGAUGAUGACACAGGUAGUCAUUCCAGCCGUCUGGGCGAGAAAGCUUUUUACACUCAUGUCAAACCUCAUCACGAAGUGUCCAGAAUGAAAUCCACAAGACGAGAAACAACAGUCAAUAUAACAUCAACAAUAACUUUUAUAUUGUGUUCAUCUCGUAAAAUCCACCUUGAGGAAAACAUUCUAUUAUAUUUAUGAAACUCUAUUUUGACUGUUUUCUUUUUAAAACCAAAACAUUCUGUAAAGCAACGGUACGUUCCCAACUUUAGGGAGCGCUCAUGAUUUCAAGGCUACUGAGAAAAAAAAGAUUAAAACUUUACUUCUAGAUUUAAUGACCGAAAGUAAAAAAAAAUAAUAUAUUUUUUAGACUAUAAUAUGAUCACAUCGCGCUUCAAAGUUUGUGGUUUCAUUCCAUCACAGAUGUUUUUUGGUUUGUUUGUUUUUCUUUAAGCAUAUUCCACAUAUUUUAGCCUAAAUUAGGCAUUUUAAACAUAAAAAUGUCGAAAUGUACUAAAAAUGUCAAUACUACAGUCGUAUUGACCACUAUGUGAGACCAAACCAAUUUGAGUGUGCUGUUCAGUAUCAUGACCACUAAUUGGCUAAUCCACUAACAGCAGUACUCUAUUGUAUUAACAGAGUGUAAAGGUGACUAUGUGGGUUUUAUUUCAUGUCGAGAGAGCUCUCAUAAUGUUACAAAAAUAUAUUUAGUAAGUUGUAAACAGGUUUUUUAUGAUCAAGCUAUGAAAAUAAUAGAUUUUGGGCAUGUUGUAAUGACAAACUGUAAAUAUGCGAUGGACCACAUUGUAACUGUAUGCUUGUUUUAAAUAAACUAAGACCAUAGCAAUAAAUACUAGUUCUGCUGAAAUUAAUUUACCACUGUCAAACCUGGAACCUUUUAACAGUGAUAAACAAAAAAAAGAAAUAUUAUAUAGUAAUGAUAAAUAAUCAAAGUUAAAAAUAAUUAUACUGUAUUAUUUUUAACUAUUUAAGUUUUUUAAUGAGAUCAAUGUUUCAUUCACUUGAAAAAAAUUAUUCAUUAUAAUACGUGACACAGUAUAUGCAAUAAUACAAAAAAACCUAUUCAUUGUUUGUGAUUUAAUUUGAUAUUUAUAGGAGUUGACAUUUAAAUGAAACAAAUGUGCUGAAGGUUGGUUUUGUCGUCCAAGCCCGUCUCAUCCUCUCAUGUGCUACUUCUUUACUUUUGUCUUACUUUUCACUUCUUUUUCUUUCCACUUCAACUUAGUUCAAGUGAAAGUGAAUUAUUGAUGAGGUGAAGUUUGCCUUCAGCUUUUUUUUAAUGCUACAGUCCCCCAUGCGCUCUACAUAACAUUCCCACCAUAUAAUGUAACAACUUGAUGAGAAUCCAGGCAAUAUAUGCUUAAUUCAUAGCAACGCUUCACUGUGUGCACUUCAAAUGAUGAUGAUGAUGAUGAUGAUGAUGCAGAGGUGUUUUAUAUGCACACAUGCAUCCUCUGUCACAUCAUUGCUUUAAAAAUGUGCCUGUGCGAUGCAGACUCUCCCUGAAACUUGUCACCAGAGACGAAUGAGUCACACACACACACACACACACACACACACACACACACACACACACACACACACACACACACACACACACACACACACACACACACACACACACGUCUAUUGCUGGCCCACUUAUUCCGAGAUGCUUGUGUGUUUCCUCUGCAUUCCAAAAAAUACACUUGACACUUUUUAAGCAAUCAAGACAUCAGCAAUAAGAGUCAAUAUUGUACUGCACUGUUGCAGACCACCACCAUGCAACCCCGCCUUACAUCUGGAUCACGCAGGCAUUAUUUUGUCAUGCAGACACACACAAAUUUAAAUAUUAAGAGCCCAAAAACACUCUCAGUAACCCAACCAGCAAUCGGGAGCUGUUUUUGAAGAUUUUGUCCCCUUUUAUAACCAAAAUAUUAGAAAGCCUUUGUGUUGGAUGUCAUUCUAUGGUGCACCUGUGUGUGUAUAUAUACAUAACCCCUAUGCAGUCUGUUAUUGUAUGCUCGUUGUCAGGUUGCUUGCGUUUGCUUAGGAAUACAGGACUGUCCAUAUUAGCAAGUUAACUCAUGGGAUUAAUCACAAAAAAUAUUGUAUUAAUCAUGCAGUUUAUUUUGACCAUACAAGCUCUUUCACCAUAACCGUUAAAUGAUCGGUGAUCGGAUCGAUAUAUAUAUAUAUCAUUAGAAAAAUGAGUGAGAAGACUCUGACUGGUGUGCUUGCUGAUAAAUUUCACUCCAAAAUAC